CACGGCCGCUGCAGGUCGGAAUCCCAGGCUGGUCGCGGAGUCCGGAUUCCAAGACCACGCCGCCACCUCCAAGAGUCAGGUUCCCAGGCCAUUGCCCCAGCCAUGAAGAUGCACUUCUGUAUCCCGGUGUCCCAGCAGCGGUUUGACGCGCUGGGGGGCCGCUAUGUGCUGUACUCGGUUUACCUGGAUGGGUUCCUGUUCUGCAGGGUGCGUUACAGCCAGCUGCAUCGUUGGAACGAACAGCUGAGGCGGGUAUUUGGAAAUUGCCUGCCAUCCUUUCCACCAAAGUACUAUCUCGCAAUGACCACAUCUAUGGCUGAUGAGAGAAGGGACCAGUUGGAACAAUAUUUACAAAAUGUAACCGUGGACCCAAACAUGUUGAGAUGUGACAUCUUCGUUGAUUUUUUAAAACUGGUGCAGCUGGACACAUUCAGCAUCACUACCAAGAAAGUGCCUUUGGAUGUAUUUCUGCCUGAUGAAAGGAGCAUUAAAGUCGAAAUUCUAACAUCGGAUACUGCUGAAAGAGUCCUAGAGGUGGUGUCACACAAAAUUGGACUGCGUCGGGAGCUGGUGGGCUACUUCGGCCUAUUUCUCAUUCGGUUUGGCAAGGAGGGCAAGCUGUCUGUCUUGAAAAAAUUGGCGGACUUUGAACUCCCUUAUGUCAGCCUCCGAAGCUCUCAAGUAGAAAACUGCAAGGUUGGACUCAGGAAGUGGUACCUGGACCCAUCCCUCGACUCCAGGCUGAUGGACUGCAAGGCAGCUGUAGAUUUGAUCUACAUGCAGGCAAUACAGGACAUAAAAAAAGAAUGGGCCAAACCCACAGCGGUGCAGAGGCAGAAAUUAGAAGCUCUCCAGAAAGAAGACAACCAAACAAAGUUUCUGGAGCUGUCCCGGGGGAUACGGCACUAUGGAUACAUACAGCUGGAUCCCUGUACCUGUGACUACCCAGAACCUGGCUGUGGGGCCGUCCUGUCUGUCGGCAAUAACGAGAUCAGCUGCUGUGUAACCCUGCCCGAUAACCAGACCCAGGAUGUCAUUUUCCAGAUGAACAGAGUGAAGUGCUGGCAGGUGACCUUCCUUGGGACUCUGCUGGAUAGGGAUGGGCCCCAGCAAACUCUCAACCAGAACUUAGAGCUCAGAUUUCAGUACAGCGAGGAGAGUCGCUGGCAGUGGUUUGUUAUUUAUACCAAACAGGCUUUUUGGCUGAGUAGCUGCUUAAAAAAGAUGAUCUCAGAAAAGAUGGCAAAGCUAGCUGCAGAGAACCCAGAAAUGCAGAUUGAAGUUCCGGAACCAGGCAAAAGUAAAAAAUGCCACCUUCAACAAAGCCAGAAAGACAUUUCUAGUUUUCUACCAAAAAAAAGCAAGAUUAAGAUAGCUGAAGUUGACUGUGGCUUUGGGACCACAAAAGAAGAAGAUCUUUGAAGAAAAGCCCAACUUUUCAUGAGCCAUACAAGAAGUCCAAAAAUCCCAACUUUUUAAAAUGUCCUCAAAGGCUAGUGUGACCAGGAAAAAGCUUGGGGGCUGCACGUGGGCUUCCUACCAGCAAUGGAAGAAAUGUGACCCCUUCCCAUUUUUUUCACAUUAAGAUGGACCAUAUUCAUCAAGACAACUUCAGAAACCUAUUCAUCUCAAGAUUUAAGAGAAAUACCAACCAAAGUUAUGUAGUUGGUUUUUAAUGAUUUAUGAAUGACAAGUGGCAAACCUGAAUCAGUUAGUAUGAAGCUGCUGCUUCUUUUCCCCCCUGUAAUAGACAUUCACCUGGCUUCAUGAAGUCUUCUAAGUGUUUCUGAUAUUGCAUGAAUGAAAGGCUCAGUAUAAAACACCAUAAGUGCAUUUGGGGUUACAUUCUGAAGACGUGACUCAUCAGCUGUGGCUCUAAGAAAUGGAAUCGUCGAGAAAGAAAUCUGGACUUCACGGAUCCAUCCACACAGUAGGAGAGCAUGGAGGUGAAGAAAUACUGAUUUGUUUCCUUAUGUAAUUCUGAACCUACCCUGUGGAUGUACUCAAAGUAAUAGGCGGCCCCAGGUCCUUGUUUCUCCACUGUUGCAGUUUUAUUCUGUCCUUAGAAUACUGAAUUCAGUCCAGUAGUUACCAUGCUAUUUUGAAUAUUUUUAUUUUAGAAAGUAAUGGGGCCCUGUACUCGGUAUCAGAUACCUUAGUUUUAAGCCAUGUGUACGUUUCACUAGACUUUUCCUUAAUUUGGUUUCAGUUUAUCACGAUAAUGAAUAUAAUUAUAUAUGGAAUUAAGACUGCAAUAAAGGAAGAGGGGAAGAGGGAUAGAGGAAUCAAUAUAAUUAGAAAAAGUGCAAUAUUCUAGUGUUCUUUUCCAACUGGGUUGUGUAACUAAUUAUAUAAUAUGAAAUCUACCCUAGUAAAUAUAGAAUUUAUGGUUGAAAAUUCUGUGAAGGACUUUUUUGAAGUAUAGAAUCUAUUA